AUGGAGAGUCAGACCAACAGUAAAGCGACAAGCUACCUAAAAACCCACCAACGCAUCCACACUGGAGAAAGCCCAUAUGAAUGUGACCAGUGUGGAAAUGCUUUCAUCACAGCAGGUUCCCUAAAACUCCACCAACGCACCCACACUGGAGAAAGACCAUAUGCGUGUGACCAGUGUGGAAAUGCUUUCACCAGAGCAGGUUCCCUAAAACUCCACCAACGCACCCACACUGGAGAAAGACCAUAUGCGUGUGACCAGUGUGGAAAUGCUUUCACCCAAGCAGGUAACCUAAAAACCCACCAACGCACCCACACUGGAGAAAGGCCAUAUGAGUGUGACCAGUGUGGAAGUACUUUCACCACAGCAGGUCACCUAAAAAUCCACCAACGCAUCCACACUGGAGACAAACCAUAUGAGUGUAACCAGUGUGGAAAUGCUUUCACCACAGCAAGUGACCUUAAAAGACACCAACGCAUCCACACUGGAGAAAGACGAUAUGAGUGUGACCAGUGUGGAAAUGCUUUCACCACAGCAAGUGACCUUAAAAUCCACCAACGCAUCCACACUGGAGAAAGACCAUAUGAGUGUGACCAGUGUGGAAAUGCUUUCACCACAGCAAGUUACUUGAAAAUCCACCAACGCAUCCACACUGGAGAAAAACCAUAUGCCUGUGAUAAAUGUGGAAAGAAUUUCAUCCGAAUUGCUGGGCUUAUAUGUCACCAACGCAUCCACACUGGAGAAAGACCAUAUGCCUGUGGCCAAUGCGGAAAGAAUUUCACCCAGAUGACUGGGCUUAUAUGUCACCAACGCAUCCACACUGGAAAAAGACCAUUUAACUGUGACCACUGUGGAAAUGCUUUCACCACAACAAGUCACCUAAAAAUCCACCAACGCAGCCACACAGGAGAAAGACCGUAUGAGUGUGACCAGUGUGGAAAGAAUUUCACUCAAAUGUGUGUGCUUAAACUCCACCAACGUAUCCACACUGGAGAAAAACCAUAUGAGUGUGACCAGUGUGGAAAGGCUUUCACCACAGCAAGUGACCUAAAAAUCCACCAACGCAUCCACACUGGAGAAAGACCAUUUGUGUGUGACUAG